AGCUACCGUUCUGGGAUGCGGAAGGGGGGGGGUUAUUUGAAGAAAAGCGAAGAGAUUGUUGUCAACAACACGGGUUUCUACACUGCCCUGGCUAAUUUCACAAAAACAAAUAACAAGAUGUCAGAUACAGACACGAAACCUUCAGGUCAGGAUGGAGGAGAACAAAAGGAUGGGGAGUACAUCAAACUGAAAGUGAUCGGUCAGGACAACAGUGAAAUUCACUUCAAAGUGAAGAUGACGACCCAUCUGAAGAAGCUGAAGGAAUCUUAUAGCCAGAGACAGGGUGUUCAUAUGAGUACCUUACGGUUUCUAUUUGAGGGACAAAGAAUCUCAGACAACCACACUCCAAAAGAGCUGGGGAUGGAAGACGAGGACGUCAUCGAGGUCUAUCAGGAACAGACCGGAGGACUUCGGAAUAAUUAGUCUUCCUGGAUUUAACUUUUUUGUUGUUGAUGAUAAUAUUGUAUUUUAUAUUUGUACAAAAUUACUGAGUUUGAGUUUGUUUGGCUUUGUGUUCCUCUCAGUGGUGGAGAUCUCUGCCAGAGAGGAGAGAAUGACUGUCUGAUGCAUCUCCUGGUCUCUUAUCGUCACCUGGUCUGUUUGUGCUGUUUUGAAAACUCUUAUGAAGGCGUGACAAUGACUGUAGGAGCUGGCAAGACGGCACAAACAGGGUCUGAAUGCAUAUCAGAGUAGGAGUGCUGAUCAGAGAUCAGUUUUGGGUAUUUAAAAAAAAAAUGUAACCAGGCAAGCCGGUUAAGAACAAAUUCUUAUUUCGAACGACGGCCAUACCAGGAAACGGUGCCUUGUUCAGGGGGCCGGACAACAACAACAAAUGUUCUACCUUGUCAGGUCGGGAUUCGAUCCAGUAACCUUUUGGUUACUGGCCCAACGCUCUAACCACUAGGCUACCUUGCUGCCCCAUUGACCACAUGGACAAAGGGGGGAGACCUGAUCCUAGAUCAGCACUCCUACUGCUUGAUGUUUACGGCCACCGGAACAAUGCUACUAUGGUCCAGACAUGUGGUCCAUCAGAAGACUCAUUGCAUUUACAUUACAUUUAAGUCAUUUAGCAGACGCUCUUAUCCAGAGCGACUUACAAAUUGGUGCAUUCACCUUAUGACAUCCACAUUGGUUGGAUAGAUGACAGCAGAAUGAUAGUGUUUCUUCAGACCCCCCCUAGCUUCAGUUUGGUUGAUUGGCAUCCGUCCCCAUAUCUAUCUUUGGACAGUAUAUAUUUUUACUAGCUAUAGAUCCAUACCGUUUAUUGAAGAUCCAGGUAACGGCCAAAAUAAAGGAAACACUAACAUCGUGUCUUUUAAUAGAGGGUGUUGGGUCCCCACCAGCCAGAACAGCUCCAACGCACCAUGACAUAGAUACUACGAGUGUCUGGGACUCUAUUGGAGGGAUGUGACACCAUUCUUGAUUUGAUUUGAUUUUUCUUCCACGAGGAAUUCCAUCGUUUGUUGGCGGCGGUGGAAAACGUCUCGGGCGCCGCUCCAGAAUCUCCCGUAGGUGUUCAAUCGGGCGGAGAUCUGGUGACCUGAGAUGGUCGUGGUAUAUGGGUUUCAUCAUUUUAAUACUCAAAUUAUUCCGUGACCUCUCAAGCCCUGUGGAUGGGUUCAUUGUCAUCCCAUGGAGGGCAUGGUCAUGGUAGCCAAAAUAAUGGGUGACCCCCAAGCAUGAUGGGAUGUAAAUUGCUUAAUUAAUUUGGGAACAGCACCUGUGUGGAAGCACCUGCUUUCAAUAUACUUUGUAUCCCCUCGUGUAAUUACUCAGGUGUUUUGGCAGUUACCUGUAGCUAGCAUGCCACUGUUAAUUCCCCACUUCAGGUCUGUGUGUUAUGCAGUAGUUACUUUACAGGUGGCGUGUAAUACGACCUCACUAAUGUCUCCUCCUCGGUUCAUUCAAAGCGCUUGUCCACAGUCUUCAGUAACCCCACCAGGGGUAUUUAAUUACCAAGUUCUCAGUCGCUUCUCUUUCUGUUAGAGAACUUGUAAAAUACCUUACUAAAGGGCUCUGUUCGAUCUGCAUCGUCAAAGUUCAGCUUUACACAAUAUAAAGACAACGUUCCCCGCUUUAUCGGUGACUUGUGCAGCUUUUACCGGGAAUCAUGUCGUCGGCUCAACCGGAGAGACUUCAUUCCCGGUAAACGCU